AUGAGUGAAAGUAGGAAAGUGUUUACAGAAGAACAAAUUUCAAUGAUAGAAAAGAUUGAAAUUGAUGGAAAGAUUCCAAAAUUAACAAACCAAAACGAAAUAGAAGUAAUAAUAAAUAAAUGUUUAAAUGAAGGAGAUAAAUAUUUAAGUGUAGUAAAUAAAUUAUUAUCAGAUCCGGAAAUUUUAAGUCAUUAUAGAGAAGAUGAGAGUGGAAUGGAAAUAGUAAUGAAUGUGGUUAUUAAAUCAAUUAAUAAUUUUAUGAAAUCUAAUGGAGAAGAAGAUAUAAAUAAUGUUAAGAAUAAAUUAAGUAUUAGUUGGAUUUGUGGAGCAGUAAAAGGGGCUAAAUUAUAUAAAAUAAAUAAAGAAGAAAAUAUAGAAAUAUUUAAUAAAUUCUUAAUGUUUAUUUUAAAUAGGAAUAAACGAGAAGAAGCGAUAUUAAUUAAUGGAAUAGUUAUGAAUAUUUAUACAUCUCAAGUAAUUCAAAAUGAUAAUUCAUGUAAAUUUUUUGAGACAAUAUUAAAUAAAUUUGGAGUAUUAGAAGAAUAUGCAGAAAUGGAUGAUAUAAUAUUUUAUGAAUAUCAAUGUGGAUUAGCAAUGAUGUUAUUACA